AUGGAUCCAAGACACCGCCAGCCUGCUCCCGUGCCACGGUCCAACUCCAACUUCAACUCCAACUCCGUCUCGAAUGCAGCCUCCAACGCCGCCUCUCAUUUUCCUCCCGCCUCGAUCGUCGUGCCGCCGCCUCUGCACUCGGCUCAUCAUCACCCAUUCGCGACGCACACCUUUGCACCCGUCUCCGCGUAUGCUGCCGACCCUCGUCGGGCCUCAGACACCCCGUACUACCCGCCGGCCGGCCGCGCCAGCUUGCCAGCUCCGGAGCUUGGCCACAACCAUUCGCAGUCGCAGUCGCAUUCACACUCGCGCGCGCAGAGCGCGUCGUCGCUGCCUUCGCUCCCGUCCGCCAGGGAGAAGAGUCGCGUAAUGCCUCCUCCGCCGAGCUCGCCCUCACAGGGCCAGCAAGGGGGCCAGCCGCCGCCGCAUCAUCAUCAUCACCAGCAGUCGCAGAGCUCCGUGAGUUACGGCCCGAUGCCGCCUCGGCCGCCUUCCCUUUCUGCUGGGCCAUCAACUUCGUUCCCAUCUGGGAGGGAGCUGCCGGCCUUGAGCUCGCUUACCAGGUCGGGUAGCGGCGCUGGAAGCUCCAUGUCGAUAUCUUCUAUGCUCGGUGGACCGCCUCCGGCUUCCCGUGAUUCACAACCUGCGCAACACUACUCAUCUCACGCCCCCCCGCCAUCAUCAGGGCCGGGAUAUGGACCUGCCAUGCAAGCUUCGCCAAGGUUGCCUUCUGCGUCAUCCGAAUAUCCUUCAUUUCGCCGACCUCAAACUCCUGACCAUCCACGACCAUACGAUCCCCGAGGCAGUGCUGCGCCAUCACCUCAUGGCCCCUUCGCGACCACACCCGAUCUACAACGAUACGGUACACCCCAAGGCUACCACCAGCGUCACCCUUCUGCACCCGCCGAUACUUCGCGAGAGCCAGGGAGAAUGUCUGCCGGUCCGCCACCGACUCAAAACAAACCGCCGCCGCCCCGGCCGCCUGCAGCCAUGGAGUAUAAUCCUGAACGGCCGAGUUUAAGACCAUACCCUUACGAUGAACGGUUCCGCCCCGACAGAGAUCGACAGCCAGUUCCUGAGGCUUGUGAGAGAGAAGGCAGGGAGCGAGCGUACUCGGGAGGGGCCGAUUCGCGCCGGCAGCAGCACAUGUCUCCUCACGAGCUGGGACAUCGAGAAACUCACCCUGGACAGUCUGCUUUUGGGCGUCCGGAACACCGAGAUACUCGCGAUCAGUGGGGGCGACCAACUACUUCAGACCCCAGUUAUAGACCACCCCUCGAGCAUCAACGACCCCAACACUCAGAGUACCCGCCUGCAUCUGGACCAUACUCUCACCACGGGCAGCCGUAUCAGACUUCUCCUCCGGAUCGGUAUCCGCCAACCUCGCAUCCUCCUCAUCCGUCUGGAAACGCGCAAGCGCCACCUUCACAGUCCCACGAGGCCGACCGAGCUCGCAUGGAUCAAAUUCACCCUCAUCCACCUCAACCUCAGGGCCCUCCCCGCCGUGAAGAACCACCACCGGCGGCUGCUGCGGGUUAUGGCACUUCGCAUGCCCCGUCUUUUGAUUCGCCUCGUAAGGAGAGUGAUGAUCAUCACGGGUCGAAUGGGCUACAGCGCAAUUUAUUGGCAGUUCAAGAUAUCAAUCGCAAGGGUCGAAUGUCCCCUCUCCCGCAAGCAGUCCAAGGCGCACAACCCCAGCAGCCUGGCCCUGCGGCCGAGCCAGGCAUCAAAAGUGAAUUUGGUCGCAUGUUCUCUGGUAUUGGGAGUGGCGUCAGUGGUAUCGGCAUGUCUAGCCCGGUAGCCUCUUCGGCCGCGACGGCGUUCCCAAGCCAAACCUCACAUCCCGGAGGUGCCAAACGCGAAGACAUUGAAAGUGCCGGGGUCGACUCUGGGGCUGACAAUGUCAAGGGCGCAAAGCCUGGAAGGAGACGAAAGUUAAAGGAUGAAGAUGCUCGUGAUGAUGAUAGUUCUGGCAGACUUACGCCUGCAGGCCGAACAAACAAACGUGCCAAACCGCAUCAGCACCAUCACCACCAUCACCACCACCAUCAUCACCACCAUGGACAAGAUUCUGUACCAUCACCGACGACUGCAGCUGCUCAGUUUAAGAAUCUCAAAGGCAGCACACCGACAGCUUCGCCGACUGAAAAGUCCCACCACCACCACCAUCACCACCACGGCCAAAAGACCGGGGCUCCUGCGCCGGCCAGUCAGACUAAGCCUGCGCCUCCUGUCAUACCACCAAAGACCAAAACAGUUGUAGCCUCCAAGCUCGUGUUGGACUCGGUCGCCAAUCGCGCAAGGCAUCAUCUUGGAGAUUUCAUAUACGAACCCGAGUUGAAGCCGGGCCGAUUGCUUCCGAACACUCCCACACACAGAGGCUUCUCGUCGAAUCCCAAGCCGCUUCCCUGGGAUGUUAUCAAGGACAAGGAGAAUUGCAUACUGACAGUCAAGGUGCCGCUUAUACACCUCUCUCCUGUAGCUCGCGAGGAAAUCACGGCGCGAGCCUAUCUGUGGGGUACAGACGUUUAUACCGAUGAUUCGGACGUAGUUGCGGCUUGCAUCCAUGGCGGAUGGAUCAAAGGCGAGUGGACAGACGACGUUGAUACCGCCAUGUUGGAUCUGGAACAGGGAACAGCUGAGGGUGGUAAGCGCAAGACCAAAAUUCCAACCCCAGAGCUGCCAAGUCGAGAGUCAGAAGGCGCCAUCACUGCGCCGCCGCCACUGGGACCCAUGGAUAUCCCAGCAAACCGCGACUUGCAUGUCAAUGUUUUGAUCCUACCUCGACUCGUUAAAUACUCGGGGUCUACGCGGUUUGGUAUUUCUAGCCGUGAGUUUGGAGGCCAAUAUGGCGGCCGACACUCGGUCCACGAUGGCCUAAGUUACAUGAUCAAAAGCAUUCGAUGGGUAGAAAACGGUGCACAGCCCCAGGCAAGGCUACGCGGCAAAGCCAGGAGAGAGCGUAUGCGUAAAGCAAUGAAGGAGGUCACAGCUAGCUUUGGCAACAUCCACGGGCUUGAUGUGGAGCAAAGCAAGGACAAUGCGUCGCCCCUAAGAGGCGAUAUCAUCGGCAACUGGAGGAAGAAGGACCAGCCGGAUGCGCCCGCAGAGGCCGUGAACGACAAGCCGGACCAAGAGCGCGCAACCAGCGAGGGAAACAAGGAGAACCGCGUAGCAACGACGCAGCCUGGGAACUCGGAAGAGCCAGCCAAAGAGACGAAGAAAAUGCCAGACCAAGAUGUCGAAAUGACGGAAGCAGGGGAAGGGAAGAAGGAGUCGGAUAUUGUCGAAGAAAAGUAA